AUGCGUGCGCGCCGACAGAUGGUCUCUGGGAAGCAUUCGAACAUCGUGCAGUUCUUCGAAUUUUACGAGGAAUUUGACUGCCUUCAUCUCAUCUUCGAGUUCUGCCCCCUUGGCAGUUUGGACCAGGUCGUUCAUUCCAGCAAGUUCCAGUCAGGUGGCGAGCGCCUGGUGGCCAAAUUGCUCUGUCAGGGCGCCAGCGCCUUGGACUUCCUGAAGGAACAUGACCUGGUGCAUCGCGACGUGAAGCCUGGAAAUCUUCUCUUCUCAGAGCAAGAAGUGGUAAAACUGGCGGACUUCGGUUGCGCCACCAUGGCGCCGGAAGGCGUGAUGUUGGAGGAGGCCAUGGGAACUCCUGGCUACUGGGCACCUGAAGUCCAUCAAUUGCCUCGAGGAAAGGGCUAUUCCUUCCCCGUGGACAUUUGGGCCCUGGGCAUUUGCUUCUACUUCAUGCUGUAUCAAGGUACCCAUCCAUUUCUGGAGAAAGAGACUCUAAAACGGCGAGAUGUUCAGAGUGGAAACUUUGAUGCUGGUUGGUUCACCAGCUGGGGUGCAAAGGAUCUAUUGGAAUGGAUGCUGAUGCCUCACCCUGCUGUGACCUCGGGAUUUUCCAACGGGGCGAAAAAUGGGGUCAACGCAUUGCCGCCAAUGAAGUUCCUGAACAUCGCUGGUGCUAUUCCUUCGGCCAUGGACAAGGUCUUGCUGAUUGUGGUCCCGAUUCUUCUUUGGAUUGCCAAAGUUGCAUAUCAAAUACUGAUGAUCAUGGUGGUAUAUCGACAGCUCUUCCUGACCAGAACGGUCUUUCUGGAUCGCAUGAGUGUCUAUGCGCAGGAUUUUCAACAACUCAUACGACAGCAUUUUAAUCAGAUCCUUCGCAUGCGCCGCACGGUGCCACCGAAGGAGGUGCCACAACACCAACUGCGAGUACAUUUGCAUCCCGAAUCUCUCGAGGUGACGACUUCAAAGGACAAGGUGUCUUUGCGGUUCGUCUUCGAUGCUUCGGUGGAAUGCAACAUCAGCUUCUACUGGGGUCCGACCGUGGAAGCCUGUAACAAAUUGGUCAAGGACUCGGCGCCUUGUGGCAACCGAAGUCCGCGGGAAUCUCAUGGAGGAUCCCUCGAAAUGGGUUACCAGCCCCCUUCGUUGGAGGGCAACGGCAGUUCGCGGCCUUUGUUUCCCGAGAACGACUUUCUGCAACGAUCCCAGAUCUAUUGCAUGCCAGCUGGGUUGAGGCAAACCUUCAGCAUCAAUUUGCACGACAAGGUGUCGCUGAAAGCUACCUCAACUGCUCCGGCGGCUGAAUCUGGCGAUGCCACAGGGGGCAGUUCCAGUUCCGAAACGCCACGAGUGGAUUUGGCCAUUGUGAUUUCGCCAUCUUUGUCUGAGAAACAAGUGACCUUCGUGCGCUGCGAAAAUCGCGCCAAAGCGGAAGUGCUGCAGCAGGUGGUCUUCACGAAUCACGUGGGACAUCGCAUCCUCGGUGUUUAUGGUUUCGAAGAUGAAGAACCCGGAGAAGCUGAUUGUAUGGUCUGCUACGAAAGGUUCAGGAGUGUCAUCAUUUUGCCGUGCCGGCACUGCUCGGUGUGCUCCACCUGCUUAAGAUCGCUGAGGGACGAGCGGUGUCCCAUGUGCAGAUCUUCCUUCUCAGCUUAUCUGCUGUUGCCCUUGCUGCGUGCAGAAGCUCCUGUCUAG